AUGGCUGCACUUGACGUUCGGGUUACACAGCUCCAUAAAAGUCAAGCUGAAAUGACGAAACACAUUCCUCAAAUGCCUUUAGUAGAAGGAUUCGGACCGCCGGUAGAGAAAAAGGAACAAGAGAACCCACCUCAGGACAAUAACAGACCGAUGCCUAUCUUGCGGAAACCUCUGUUUGUUGUGAACGUGUCAGAUCCGAUCUACAAAUUCGGUGAUCCUAACCAAGAAGGAGAGAAUGGCAAGGCAGUACAUAUCAAUAAGACGAGCCUAACACCUGAACAAAAGAAACGGUAUGAUCUUGGUUUUCAAAACAACGCCUUCAACCAAUACGCUUCCGAUUUAAUAUCCAUACAUCGGACGUUACCGGAGAAUGCCGACAAGGAAUGUUUGCAAGAGGUCUACCAAAACGAUCUACCAGACACAUCAGUCGUUAUAUGCUUUCAUAAUGAAGCAUGGUCUGUUUUAUUGCGGACUGUACAUUCAGUUCUGGAACGAACUCCUGAGAAACUGCUGAAAGAAAUCAUUUUAGUGGACGAUUUCUCCGACAUGCCACACCUAAAAGAACCGCUUGCACGUUACAUGUCCCAGUUCCCAAAAGUUAAAAUUGUUCGAAUGGAGAAACGUGAAGGCCUUAUUAGAGCUCGACUUCGCGGAGCUUCGGUGGCGGUCGGAAAGGUGCUCACCUAUCUCGACUCGCAUUGCGAAUGCAUGAAAGGUUGGUUGGAACCACUAUUGGAUCGUAUCAAGAGAGAUCCGACUACUGUUGUCUGUCCAGUUAUUGACGUCAUCGAUGAUGAAACAUUCGAAUAUCACCAUUCUAAGGCUUACUUUAUAAAUGUUGGAGGGUUUGAUUGGGGUCUACAAUUUAACUGGCACCCUAUACCUGAAAGAGAUCGGAAGUCUCGUGCAAGGCAUAUUGAUCCGGUUCGGUCACCUACCAUGGCUGGUGGUCUUUUUUCCAUUGAUCGAACGUACUUUGAAAAGCUUGGAACAUACGAUCCAGGAUUUGAUAUCUGGGGAGGAGAAAACUUGGAACUCUCUUUUAAGAUAUGGAUGUGUGGUGGAAAAUUGGAAAUUGUGCCAUGUUCACACGUUGGUCAUGUUUUUCGUAAGCGUUCUCCGUAUAAGUGGAGGAGUGGCGUAAACGUUCUUAAGAGGAAUUCGAUUCGUUUAGCAGAAGUGUGGUUGGACGAUUAUAAGCAAUAUUUUUAUGAGCGUAUAAAUAAUCAAUUGGGUGACUUUGGUGAUAUUUCGGAUCGCAAGAAGUUACGUGAACGUCUUGGAUGUAAAUCAUUCAAGUGGUAUCUGGACAAUAUAUUUCCUGAGCUUUUCGUUCCCGGAGAGUCUAUCGCUAAAGGCGAGGGGGACAACUAA